GUUGUAGUCCUAAUGAUGAUGGCGGUUGAUGGCAAACGAACUACAACUUCCGAGAAGCUAUCGAGCGGAAAGACUAUACUGCGCAAGCGCAGACCAAACGGUCGCGCGGAGGAUUUGAGUUUUGUUUGAAUGGCUGAAGACGGAGUGUUUUUAAUUUUUUUAGCAAUGUAGAAAUGGCAGAAAAGUUAAACUUGUCGGGGCCGCCGGAUUCAGACCCUUCGUCUCUAAACAGCCAGUCUGUGUCCAGCUGUAGCAGUAACAGAAGUUUGAGAGUCGCAGAAAAUGAGAGGAGGAAGAACGAGGCGCAGGAUCCGUUUGUUCUGGCCCUGAAGUACUUCUCUGACGUUGAAGCAGGUACUCCUGUCUAUGGAAACGAUGAGGUGGAGAGGAAUUUGGUGCUGGUGGAGAAGGUGGCCUACAGUAAAGGACUUUCCCCGGAGGCCAUCUCAAUUAUGCUGGAGUUUGCCAUGAGCCUCCGAAUGGGGACGGUUCUUUGUCCCCGGGUGCUGAAGUGUCAGAUUCCUGCUACCGUGGUGCCACAGGAGGCUGUGGUUCGAGCAGUGGUUUGGCUGGGGGUUGGCAAAAUACCUGUCGCCACACAAGUUCUUUUCAUAAAGUGGGUGUUGACCAUGUUUGACAUGAUUGAUGCGAAGGACCAACUUCGAGCGAUCUAUGGCUUCAUCUUCAGCUUCGUCACAGAAGAGAAUCUGUGUCCUUUCAUCUGCCAUCUGCUGUACCUUUUGACCAGAAAGGAAAGUGUGCGGGUCUUCAGAGUCAGGAAGCUACUGGAGCUACAGUCUAAACUGGGAAGGCAGCCGUUCCUGCUGAACCUACUGUCACUGUACAAAGUGUUUUGCCCCGAACUGGUGACGCUCUCCAUCCCAUCACAAAUUAAGAGUGUGUUUAGGAAUCACAACAUGCCCUGGAAAUCAGCGUUGAUUGCUGUCCAGAAAAGAGGCGUUUCCCAGGUUGACCCCAGCACCAGCCUGGCCUCCACAAAUAAAAAUAAGACCAAACCCAGGAAAAGGAAACACCGCCACAUGGAACUGCCAGUGUUGAGUUCUGUGGUCAAUAAAGAGGCUCAGACCGAGUCGUCAUCCAGCAGAAAGCUGGUCCCUCUGGUGCAGCUUCGCUCUAUUGCUCAGCUGCUGGAAAAUAUGCACCGUAUAGAGCUGCCCGCUCAGAUGGGCUCACUGCUUGGUUCCAGUCUGGCACUGCAGUACCUGGACUGUGUACAGGAUGAGUCUGCCCUCCUACGCCUCAACUUCUGGCUCGGCUACGCUCUCCACGAAGAAUUUUUGUUCUGUGGCGAUGGAGGAGCCUCCCAGAAUUCAGAAGAAGCUCUGCAGUUUCUUAACAGGUUGCUGUCCACACAGCACUUUCUCAGGUGAGGGUUUUCCAGUUCGGAGGCUUUUCUCUACAAAUUUCUCAAUGUUUGGGACGGUUCCCUCCUCCGCCCACAGAUCCUCGGCCUGCUGAGCAACAUUCCUGUUGUCCCCAGUUCUCAAAUCAGACGGCUUCUGUUUGAGCCCCUCAUGCAGCUCUUCUUCACAUCAUCACUGUUUUUCAAGUGUGGACUGAUGGAGUGUCUAAACAACAUGCUGUUGAAGUGGCUCACCUGGCACUCAGUGUAUGCUCUGGAGGACGACUUGGACAUCAGCCUCAACAGCCACACCUCCAUAAACAUGACUCUGUCGGGGUUCAAGGAUUCAGUGAUGGAGCUGGUUGACUUUGUGGGUCGCAUCGCCUCUGUGGGCCUUCAGAUUGAAGGCUGCCACUCUCUCCUCCUCAGCUUCAUCCUUGACUUCUAUGAGACGGUGUGUGACAUGUUUCUGAAGUAUGGGCUCCCCCUUGUGGUGAUGCCUCCACCUGGAGUUUUUUACCCAGCCCUGUUUGCCACUGACCCCGUUAGCGUGGACAGAUUGGCCUACAUCAUGUACAGGUACAAGGUGAACUUGACAUCAGCCAAGAGUCAAGAAAAAAUAACAGAGCAAGCCUUUCACAUCAGCCGUCAGACGUUCCGUGAGUUCAACCACUACGUAGUCGUCAUGGUCAACUGCCUGUGGAACUCCAAAAUGUUUCAGCCAGGCAUGGGGCUACAGCUGGGAGAGGAGCUGCUGCUCAAGAGCAACGUGCCACAAUACUGGACGAGCUUCGACCUCAUCCACCACCCCGCCUUCAUGAGCUACGCUUUCGACUUUCACCAGAAGUGUUGGACCGAGAGAAAGGACAUAGACCUCAAUUCCAUAAAGCAUUCCAAGCCAUGGAGCUGGUACCUGGAGUAUUUGUUCAGCCAGGGUUAUGACGGCCUUAAACAGUUUGUUCAGAGCAACAUCAGCCGGCAGCUGACAGCCGGCGACGGGCAUGGAGACAGCCUGUCCACAAAGCAGAAGUAGAUGCUCAACUCAAUGGAGAGGAAAAACAACCACUUGCAUCUUACCCAUUUGUUAAAAGACUUGUACAUAUUUCGUCUGCUACUUGCAAGUGAUCUUUUUAUGUACAUAGAUGUAUCUGUGUUUAUUGUGUAUGCUCUGUUUAUUUAGCAAUAAUAGACCAUGAAGCCCUGGCGGCAUUUUGCCAGAAGAAGUGUCAGUAGUAGGUUUAAGUUCAGUGAAUACACGUUCAACAGGGAAGAUGAUAUGUUUAUUGCAACAAAAACAAAACCUGAAAGGGGAUCAUUGGUAAUGCACAUUCAUCUGUCAGGUCGGUGUGAAAAAGUUUUUUACGUCACAGAAAUAAUUUACAAUUUAUAAUCCACAUGAAAUCAGUCAUUCUUUGUUUAAUGGCAACACAUCGACCUUAAACCAGCUACUGUAUGCUGAAAACACAUUUUUCAUCAGUUUACUGUUUAUUUUGUGUGUGUGUUGUAUUCUUGUACAGCUUGCCUUUUGCAAAACCUGACUCUUGCACCUUGUUGAAAAUAAAUAAGUGUAAGACUUUUACUUUAGAAGCAAAUAAAAUCAAUCAAUUGUGUCUCAACAUUACACUGCAGUACGUCACAGUUUAAAAGUGUCUUGGUUUUGUGCCCUCACGUGAACCAGAAUGAUGCAUUUCGCCUCUUUUCAAAUGGCAUCAGUUGCUUGAGAAUCUGUGACAUGGAUAAGUAUUCUUGUGUAUUCUUCAGCCAGUCGCUCUGCCAUCUGGAAAACAGCAUUUUGCUUUAAUUGAUGGACCCAUCUGGUUAGUUAACAGUCCUCUGGUUCCUCGGCUACUUGUGAAAAUGCAGCGAUAUAGUGAUCAGCUGUCUGUGGCGAAACAUAUUGAUGUCAAGUACUUGUGUUUCUAUAUUAAGAAAGUGUUCAAAUCACUAUCAUCAUUUGUUACCAAAAUAACAAUAGUGCAAUGUCACUAUAGGGCU